UUGGUCGAGGCUAAAGCUGCUCCCCCAACCAAGUCAGGCCCGGUCAUAGGAUCUCUGCACCGCGAUUGGCCGACUGGAGACAUUGAUUUGCGACUGACCCGUUGCGCUCGUGGACAGAAAAUUGGCUGCAGGCGACACCGAGUGACCGGCAAACAUUGCAGUGCUGCGGCAGGAUCAUCUGGAGAGGAGCAGCGCAGCGGAGGUGCUGUGGGAGCUGAAGACAUCUUGAAGAGGACCACAUCACACAGGCCUCCUUAUAAACCACAUACAAAGAGUAGAGCCAGCGUAUGCCACCUUUUCCCCACGUUUCUCCGGAUGGAUACCGGGACCGCCUCCCCUCCUUCCUCCAUGGCGGCGGGCCCCUCCUCGCUGUGGCGGCUGUCGGACAGGAGGAGCAGGAAGGCCGGCUCUGCGAACAUUUUCAGCGACGUGAAUCUGUGGCAGCUCCAGAGGCUAUUCCAAGCGGCGGGGGAUCAGGAUGCGGAGCGGAGGGCCCAGCUGGUUUGGGGCCACGGGGACGAGACUGAACUGGCUCAGGCGUUGAAGGGACUGAGGGGCCGGAGUCACAGGAGAGGAGUGAGGGCCAACGGGAGAGAGGUGCUGGGCUCGCACUGGCUACGAGCUUUCAAUCACCUCAGGAUCGACGAGAGCCCGCCACGCGGUCAGGGCAAAGACCCCGGGGAGGACAGUCAUUCUGAAGCAGGAGGAACACACAGCAGUCCAGAGACACGCCGGCACACCUCCACAGGAACUGCUGCAGGGGCCACAUCGGUACUAACUGAGAGCCAGCGCCGUUCGGCGACUUCCGAGAGACCCGCUAGAACCGGCUCAGGACUGAAGAGAGGAGGAGAGAACAGCUCGGAGAGAUACCUCCACAGAAUACUACACUGACUGGAGCAAAACUUCUCAGAUGUGAAAAUCGAUGUUGGUGAUGUUUGCGCGAGUGGUGGCCCGGAACCUCCGUCAGCACCUCCUUCGGGAACCUCCUGGUCACCUGCGCUUAGCUCUAGUUCUGAUGUGUUCACAAACUGAAUCUAGGUUCAUCGCUCUGGCGUUCGUGAUGCAUCCUGAUAUGUCUGGAGACUGAGGUGACUUUUAAAGGUGCUGUCUGUACGAUUCUCAUUUUCUGGUGAUUAGAAACACAAGAGAAUACAUACUAAUAUUAUAUACGAUUUCUGAGAAUCCCGUAAAUGCUACAUACUGCUUUAAGUAAAAGUUCAUUUUAUUUUGUUCUAUAAUGAAAGAACUGAUAUUCUAAUAUGUAUGGACUUUGUUCUACAUGUGUGUUUCUGCUUUUGUGUGUGUCCUUUCUCGACACUAAUGUAAAAUAAUCAAACUGGACAUCUAUUAAAUGCUUUCAAGCAUGGAGACGGAAUUGACAAGAUACACAGUUUUAUGCGUCCAAGCUACUCGUAGGUUGUCGUCUUCGGUGCUGAAAGAGGACAUGAAACAAGGGCGGGAGGCUUUGUGCGCAUCCAAGUGCCGGUAAUUUCCGUUGGUUACGGACCAUCGUGUUCUUUACCCCAGGAAAUAAAGUUUUUGUUUCGCACAAGUCACCAGGACAUCAUCUUGAGAUUCUACCCGCAGACAUCAUCAGCUGACAGGACGAACACAUUUACCACUGUUAGUCUUCAGAGCCCCGGUGACUAUGACGUGCUAUUAUUGCAGUUUUUCAUUAUUGGAGUUAUUGAGAAGUAAAGUGUCGGGUUAAAAGGCCAAAAAUAAUAAACAGGCCCUCGCUAUGUAGGGAAACGUUAAAAAAUAAUGUUCUUAUUUCAAAAUGUUGAUUGUCGCGGUGUGAAAACAUCCUUUUCCCAUAAAAAGACAGUAUGUCAUCAAACUAGUCAGACCGCAAGAAGACUUUUGUUAAUACUGUUUGUCACUUUGAAAUAUGUAAUAAAGUGAAACUGCAAGGUUUCUGAAUCUUUUAUAACAGU